CACUAAUAUCAAUAAGUGAGGUUGCAGUGGCACAAUGGAGGGGCUGAGAGUACCGGAGAUGUACGAAGGAGAUAUCAUUUUAUAGCAUUGUGUAUAUUCUUUGAAUGUGAAAUUAUUUUAACAGAUUAAGGAUGGUGCAGAAAUAUAAUUCACCCGUGAGGGUGUAUAAAUACCCAUUCGAACUUGUCAUGGCGGCAUAUGAGAAGCGUUUCCCGACCUGCAAGAUGAUUCCAGUAUUUCUUGGUAGUGAUAUCAUGAAUGAGUUCCGGAGUGAAGAUGGGGCAGAGCAUGUGGUGGAGAGAAGAUGUCGACUCAAUGUUGAAGCACCUUACCUUCUGAAAAAGAUUGUUGGCGUUGACCAUGUGAUUUUCAUCCAGAAGAAUACCCUCAAUCGUAGAAACAGAACUCUUACAAUAGAAGCUAACAACGAGAGCUUUUCAUCGAGGAUAAUCAUCAAUGAGAACUGCCAUUACUCUGUUCACACAGAAAAUCCGAUGUGGACUUGUUUUGAACAAGAUGCCAGCUUGGACAUCAAACACUUCUUUGGUUUUGAGAGCACCGUGGAGAAGAUUGCCAUGAAGCAGUACACGCAAAACAUCAAGAAGGGUAAGGAGGUGAUUGAGUAUUACAUCAACGAGCUGUUGUCUCAGGGCAUCACCCACAUUCCCCCUUGGAACGACCCCAAGCUGAAGGCAGCCACAGUGGAGGAUGCCCCAUCUCAGGACAGUGGCUUACGGAGUCGCUCCGACAGCGUCAGCAGCCAGCACAGCCAACACAGCCAGGCCAGCCUCAUCCUGGGGGCCACUGCUGCCACCAUACACAGAGGCAGCAUUUCAUCCCCCGACUCAGAAGUGACAGAGGUGCGAGUGCCCCCGGUGGAGCCACGCGGCAAGCUAGACGACGACUACAUCCAGCGGUUCCUGGGCGCUCUAACACCAGUAGAGGAGAGUCAACUUAUCAGACUCCGACAGUGGCUCCAGAAAACACACAAGGGGAAGAUCCCCAAAGAUGCCCAUAUACUGAGGUUUCUGCGAGCACGGGACUUCAACGUGGAGAAAGCCCGUGAGAUGCUGGUGCACUCGCUAGCAUGGAGGAAGUUACACAAUAUCGACAGGCUAUUAGACACAUACGAAAUACCUCCAGUCAUCAAGAAAUACUACCCUGGUGGAUGGCAUUACUGUGAUAAAGAGGAUCGCCCGUUGUACAUUCUGAGAAUGGGUCAGAUGGAUGUAAAGGGCUUGAUGAAGUCAGUAGGGGAAGAAGCUAUUCUGCGACAUGUUUUGUAUGUGAAUGAAGAAGGUUUGAGGAGAGCUGCACAUGCCACGUCAAAACGGGGACACCCAGUCAGUGCCUGUACGUGUAUAGUUGACUUAGACGGACUGAGCAUGAGGCAUGUAUGGCGGCCUGGUGUCCGAGCCCUGCUGCGCAUUAUCGAGAUUGUGGAGGCUAACUACCCUGAGACCAUGGGUCGGCUGCUCAUUGUACGGGCUCCCCGUGUCUUCCCAGUGUUGUGGACCCUGGUCAGUCCCUUCAUUGAUGAGAAUACCCGCAAAAAGUUCAUGAUAUACGGCGGGAAUGACUACCAGAGUGCAGGGGGCCUGGUGGAGUUUAUAGACAGCCAAUAUAUUCCAGACUUCCUUGGUGGAGAUUGUUUUUGCGAUGUUCCUGACGGCGGGCUGGUCCCGAAGUCACUUUACCAGGAAGAACUAGUGGACAAGUCUCCAGAUGAACCUCCUCUCUCUGUUGACAGUCUCUACCAUACUGCUCACGUAGUCAAGGACUACCCACACGAGAAAUUGAUUCAAGUUCCGCAGAAAGGAUGUGUGAUAACCUGGGACUUUGACAUCCUGAAGGGGGAUGUGACGUUUACCGUGUUCCGGUGUCGGGCAUCACGCUCCACCGACCCCAUCCAUCAGCACCAUGUGAGCAGCGCCACAGGGGGUAUCGGAUCUGUUCAGUACAUCGACAAAAGCAUGGUGGUCGGCGUGGACAUCAGCAUCAUGGAGCCACCCCACAUAUGUCGGGAUGGAGACAGUGUCCAGGGCACACAUGUCACCAGCCAGGCAGGUAGCUACAUUCUCCAGUGGAAGUACUUCGACUCUGCCAAGGCCAGCUUUGACUUCCCGCUCACCUCUCACAAGUCAAAGGUCAUGUACUACACAGAGUUGUUGCCUUCAGAAGCAUUCAGAGGAUCAAUGAGCAGCCUACAGUCAUGUCAGAGUGGGUUCUCAUCUCUCAGUAUCGGCACAAAUCACAGCAGCCAGUCGGGAGCCAGCUCCUGUCCCUCCAGGAGGAAUCACUUGUUAACAAUACCGUUUCAAAUCCGGAGAUGACGACAAGCUGACGAGCAGGAGGUGGACACAGCAUAGGACGAAAGAGCAUUUAGUGUCAGUCGACCAAGCAGCCAACGCACAGUCCGUGACAUGACCCCUUGGGCUUGUUACAGUAUUGGACAGUAGUAGCAUUACAAUCAGGGAACUUCCAUGUCUAACUUCCUCCCCUUCUAACUCAGUCCUCCCUCCCAACCUCAGCACAUAUCAGUGUUUCACGUCAGCGCAGGUUUUACGGUCUGUUUCAGUUGUCUUGGGAUUUGGGUUUUGUUUGUUGUUUAACACCACAUUCAGCAAUAUUCCAGAUUUAUAGAAUUUGUGGCAAUCAUCAAUGUGACUCUAAUAUGCAAGCAUGUUAAAUCUGUUAGUUAAUGCUUUUGAACAAUCAAACAAGUAUUAAGAUACAUUUAUGUAUGUUCGAGACAUACUAGGUCAUGAUAAGGUUCAAAGCAAAAAUAAGAAAAUGAACAUAAGGCUUCAUCAUUGUCAAAGAUUUGUUCCCCAAGACAACUUAAUAAAAAAUCAGAUCCGAGGUAGAAUAGGUCUUCAGCAACCCAUGCUUGCCCUAAAAGGCCACUAUGUUUGUUGUAAGAGGCGACUAACAGGAUCAAAUGGUCGGGAUCACUGACUUGGUUGAUGCAUGUCAUC